AUGAUGCUCACCGAUCAGAAGGCCGACGACACCCUCAAGCCGAAGAUCACGGCGGGGCGCUACAACAAGUUCCUGCUGUACCUGGCCGAGAACCUGGUGGACACCCUCGACAGCGCCUACAACCCCGGCACAGAGAUCCUCCCCCGGCCCUCCGACAUGCGGGAGUUGGAGCAGGAGAUGGCACCGAUGGAGGCGGACCUGCAGAUCCACGCUUCCAAGUACUCGGACUUCAUCAAGGCGCUGGCCCAGUUCCUGGGCGUCUCCGAGCCCAAUGCUCGCAUGGCCGCAACGAAGGCGGGGAUCAUGUCCAAGGGCGCCGGCAAGUUCAAGGCUGCGGUGUCGAAGGAAGGCGCUUGGAAACUCAACGCAGAUGCCUUUGUGAGCUGA